UUCAAUAAAUGUUGCAAAAUUAAUUUAUUUUACAUUUUCAACAGAAAAAACAAUAUCAAAAAAACCUGAAUACGUCUAAUGCAACAAGUUGUCAUUGGAUAGUUUAACGAUAUAAACAAUGAAAAAAUAGGAAAAAAUCGAUGAAAAUUAUCGCAAAACCCGCAAUUAACGUUGAAGUUGAUUUGAAGGAUUUGAGGUGAUAUUUAAAUGUACAGACAUGUCAAGACACGAAAAAGCGAAAUCUGGUUCUUUCUUGGAAUCAUGGUUCAAACCGGGUCCAACCAAAAAGGGGGGGUCCAAUUCCAGGCCCGUAUCUGUGAAUGCCAGGUCAAAUUCAGACGUCGAUUUAGAGGAACAGGAUGACCAACUAAUGAUGAAUUUGAGCGAAAAAGAGAUAGAAGUGGAAAUGGAGAAACUUCUGAAUGAUAUGAAUCUUAGUGACGAAAAGAAGAAACCUUUACGUGAAAUGCCCUUAGAUCAAAAACGUAAAAUGCUUAUAAUGAAUAGAAAAAACGCUAAAAAAGAAACAGGACAUAAAUUUGAUAAACCUGGUGAUUACAUAGAGUAUUUGACGAAAUAUUGUUUGGAAGAGACAACUCAAACCUCAAAGUUAUUAAAUUGUAUGGAAUCUUUGAGAGUAUCAGUUACUAACAACCCUGUUAGUUGGGUUGUAGAUUUUGGCAACCCAGGCCUAAAUAUACUCUAUAAAGUUAUGGACAUAGCCUCUAAAUUCCAUGAUAUGAAAUUGCAACAUGAGUGUCUAAGAUGCCUGGAAAAAGUUAUGAACAACAGUUGGGGUUUAAAAACCGUUUUAGAAAUAGAUGAAGGCAACUCAAAAAAUUCCAACAAAAAUGUUAACAAAGCUUUAAAAAUAGUGGCUAAAUGUUUAAACCCCAACACCCCAGCUGUUAUGAUACAAGCUGUUAAAAUUUUAGCAGCUGCCUGUCUUAUGACAGAAGAACAAUGCCUCUAUGCAAUAACUGAGGUAGCUGAAGAAAAAGAUAUUGAAAGAUUUAAAUGGAUUUCUGAUGGAAUUAAAACAAAUAACCCAGAUGUUCAGAGUAUAUGUUUUCAAUUUGUGAACGCUUUGUUGAGUCAGACGGAAGAUUUCGAGUUUCGUGUGCAUUUGAGGAACGAAAUUGUUCGAAAUGGACUUUUUGACAAACUUAUUGAGCUUAAAAAUGAGACAAACCCGAUUAUUAAGACCCAAAUGGACACGUUCGAGCGCAUGCGCGAAAACGACAGCGACGAACUUCACGAACGCUUCGAUAAAGUUCGUUUGGACAUGGACGAUAUAAACGACUGCUUUGAAGUUCUUAAAAAUUCGACUUUGGAAACCACGGCUGAGCCUUACUUUCUCAGUAUCCUGCAACAUUUAAUGUUCAUCAGAGACGAUAUUAACGUAAAACCUGCUUACUUCAAAAUCAUUGAAGAAUGUGUGUCGCAAAUAGUUUUGCAUAAAAGCGGUAUGGACCCUGACUUCAAGAAGAACCACUUGGACAUCGAUUUAGCUCCACUGAUGUUGGAGUUAAAAGAUCGCCCCAUACAAAUAGAAAACAACGCCAAACUGGAGGAACUAAAAGAACAACUGGAUAAAGUACUUUCGGAAAAAACCGAGCUAGAGGCGAAAUUGGAGCUGUACAGUACCGGAGCGGCCCAUAAUACGUCUGGGGGUAAAUUGGACCCGGCUCUACUAAGCAAAGUAAAAAUUCCAGGGCCCCCUCCGCCACCAGGGGGCGGCCCCCCACCCCCACCUAUGCCGGGGGGAAUGGGGGGACCGCCCCCGCCGCCUAUGCCCGGAAUGGGGGGGCCACCACCCCCCCCUAUGCCCGGCAUGGGGGGACCACCUCCCCCUCCUUUCCCUGGAAUGGGUGGCCCCCCUCCACCACCGUUUCCAGGGGGGCCACGCCCCCCUCCACCUCCUGGAAUGGGUCCCCCACCCCCACCAUUCGGUAUGGUGCCGCUCCCAGGGAUGGUGGGCCCGGGCAACGUUUUGCCUCAUGGUCUGAAACCGAAAAAAAAAUGGGAAUCGAAGGGUUUAAAAAGAGCCAACUGGAAAACAAUUUUACCGCAAAAAUUGACAGAGAAAUCGUUUUGGGUAAAGGCAAAAGAAGAAGAAUUGGCUGAUCCAGACAUUCUAGAUGGUUUGGCCAAAAAAUUCUCAUCCAAGCCUCUCCCAAAGACUUUGGAAGAUGUCACUGAUAAGUCUAGCAUGACAGGUACGUUGAAGAAAGUAAAGGAACUUAAAGUUCUCGAUGGAAAGACCGCCCAAAAUAUUAGUAUAUUACUGGGGGGUUCCCUGAAACACGUACCUUACGAUGACAUCAAAAAAGCCCUUUUAAGAUGUGACGACACAAUAUUAACCGACAACGUAACAGAACAAUUAAUACAAUACUUGCCUCCUGCUGAUCAGCUGCAAAAGCUGCAAACGCACAAGGACCACUACAAAGAUUUAACCGAAGCUGAGCAGUUUUGCGUAAAGAUAUCUGAAGUUAAAAGGCUUUUGCCUAGGCUUAAGUCGCUCAGUUUUAAGCAUCAUUACGUGGAGAUGGUGAACGAUACCAAACCGGAUAUUGUGGCUGCAACAUAUGCCUGCGAAGAAAUGAAAAAAAGCCGAAAAUUCGCGAAAAUGCUCGAACUCAUUUUACUGCUGGGUAACUACAUGAACUCAGGCAGCAAAAACGGCCAAGCGUACGCUUUUGAGAUGAGUUUCUUAACAAAACUGUCCGGAACAAAAGACGUGCACAACAAGCACACUUUACUGCACUACAUCGCAGACUCGGUAAACACGAAACUCCCCGAGCUCAAAGAUUUUUACGAGGAGAUAUCACACGUGGAUAAAGCCAGCAGAGUGUCUAUAGACACGAUACAGAAAACUCUAAAGCAAAUGGAGACGAGCAUUAAAAACUUGCAGACCGAUUUAACCAACAACAGGGUGCCUCAGAGUUCUGACGACUUGUUUUUGGAGGUUAUGGAGUCCUUUGCUAGUGCCGCUAAAGAGCAAUGCCAAAUUUUGCACUCAAUGUUCAAAAAGAUGGACAUUUUGUACACGGAAUUAUCCGAAUAUUAUUGCUUCGACAAACAAAAAUACACCUUGGAGGAAUUCUUCAGCGACGUAAAAACCUUUAAGGAUCAAUUUAUUGAGGCCCAAAAGGACAACGAAAAAGAACGAGAAAUGGAGGAAAAGAAGGAAAAAACUCGCUUGGCGCGUUUGAAGCAGGAAAAAGAUCGGGAGGAACGGGAAGCGAAUAAAAAACGUUUGAUAGACGUUAAUCGUCCGGAAACUCAAGAAGGAGUUAUGGAUAGUUUACUGGAGGCAUUGCAAACGGGUCGGGCCUUUGGUAGGGAGCAAAGAAGAGUUCGAGGUCAUAGACCAGCUGGCGCUGAACGAAGGGCCCAGCUGCAAAGGUCGAGGUCCAGAACGGGGUUAAUUGGUGGCAGAGAACUUUCUAGUGAAAUAGUUACUUAAGGAAACCAGUGAAAAAAUUUUAUCAACGAUUAAGCUCAAAAAAUGUUUAAUUUUUAUUCAAACACUACCUAUUUAUUUUUAAUAUUAUUAUUUUGUAUUAUUACCUUGUAAAUAAUGCCUUUUUGUAUAUUUUGAUGAUCGAAUCUCAUGUUAGUUUAUCGUUUAAACUUUAUGUUCAAAAAAAUAAAAAUACCAUCCACAAAUAAGCAUUUUUGUGGUUAGUAUUUUUAUUUUUGCAUUUUUGAACGAAAUACACCGUAAAAUAUCAUACACAUGAUAUAAAACGCAUUUGUAUUGUAUUUUAUACAAUGUCAACCAAAUAAAAUAUUAUUUUGGUUGAUUUUGCACAAAAGGGUAAAAAUAAGUCUAAAACGCUUUAUAUAUUAAUUUUUGUAAAAUAUCUAGAUUUAUAUCUUUAUAUACACAGAUUUUUUUACCUACUUGUAUAUUUUAAUAAAUUAUUAAUUGUUCAUAUAAUAA